CCGGGCCGGGGAGAGCCAGCUGGUUGAAUGUCGUGAACAGUCUCCCUAGUCUCGCUGCACUCAACUGAUAACCGGAUUGAGCUUUAACUCGGACGAGCUUGUUUGUGCUAUUGCGAUGGAGUAAGACUGUAAAAGAGGAAACGAGGAAUAACCGACUAAAGAAAAAAAGGAUGUAACAAACCGACAACCAGAAUGCGAAGUGGAACAAAAGAGACUUCUUGUUGUUAUCCGCCUCCGUGCCCGAGUUCAGCGGACUGAACUAACCAGCAGCUAAACCGGCUAACGUUAGCUGAGUUAACGAUAGCUACAUUACCGUUUCGAGCAUCCUUGUUUGCCUGUUUGUGAGUGAAUCUCAUUGACUUGCUCGCCAUGGCAGCAGUGGUUAGCUACUCCCCACCAUGGUGGGUGAACAUCAUACACAGACUUCCCCAUUUCAACUUCAUGUUCGAGCAAACAAGCAGUGACUUCCGACCAGAAGACUGGACAUAUCAACAGUCUAUCCUGCUACUGGGAGGAGUGGCGCUCGCUUGUCUGGCCCUGGACCUCGUGUUCCUACUCAUCUAUUCCAUUUGUUUGUGCUGCCGGCGGAAAAAAAAUGAGGGUCAGCCCAGCGCAGACUGCUGCUGCACUGCCUGGUGUGUCAUCAUCGCAACACUCGUCUGCAGCGCUGGCAUUGCUGUCGGUUUCUAUGGGAACGGCGAGACUUGUGAUGGAGUGAACCGGCUGACGUAUUCCCUGCGCCAUGCUAACCGCACAAUCACCGGCGUGGAGAAGCUGGUUUAUGACAGCACAUCCUCAUUGAACCAGACGGUAGAGUACAAUCUGCAGCAGCUCGAAGGCCAGUAUGCGCAGCAUGCCGACUACCUGUCCAUCAUCCAAAAGCUACAGGGCCAGCUGGACGAGCUGGUCAAACAGAUGGUGGAGAUCCCCUUCUGGGAAAACCCCAACAUCUCCCUGGAGGAGCUGGCUGUCAAUAUUGAGCUGUACGACUGGUACAGGUGGCUGGGCUACAUAGGCCUGCUACUGUUCGACAUCCUCAUCUGCCUCCUGGUGCUGUUUGGCCUCAUUCGAAACUCCAAGGGAACGCUUAUAGGGGUGUGCUUCUUAGGUGUCGUGGCUCUGGUGAUCAGCUGGCUCUCCCUCGGGCUGGAGGUGGCUGUCUCUGCGACCUCCAGUGACUUCUGUGUUGCUCCUGAUGUAUUUGUGACCAAAGUGGCAGACCAGUAUGGAGUCAUCAAUAAAGAUAUCCUGAUGCAUUACCUUAGUUGCAGUUUGGAAAAAACCAACCCCUUCCAGCAGAAGCUCUCUGGGAGCCACAAAGCGUUAGUGGAGAUGCAGGACGACGUGUCCGAGCUGCUGCGCUCUGCCACCAGAGAGUACAAACAGACUCAGCGAGAUUUAGAAGAGAUCCAGGGGAUCCUGAACACCACGGAGAUCAGCCUUCAUCAGCUCACCGCUCUGGUGGACUGUCGCAGCCUGCACAUGGACUUUGUCCAGGGCAUGACGGGGCUGUGCUACGACGGACUGGAAGGCCUCAUCUACCUCGUGCUCUUCUCCUUCAUCACUGCCCUCAUGUUCAGCUCCAUUGUUUGCAGUGUGCCUCACACCUGGCACAGCAAGAGGGACGACGAUGACAGUGAGGAUGAGUCUCUGAGCCACGGGGGGCGGCAGAACCACGACAACCUGUACCGGGUCCACAUGCCCAGCCUGUACAGCUGUGGCAGUAGCUACGGCAGCGAGACCUCCAUCCCUGCCGCCGCCCACACCGUCAGCAACGCACCUGUCACCGAGUACAUGGCUCAGAACGCCAACUUCCAGAACUCUCGCUGUGAGAACACUCCGCUGAUUGGACGAGAGUCUCCUCCGCCCACGUACACCUCCAGCAUGCGGGCCAAGUACCUGGCCCACGGCCGCCCGGACCCCAACAGCCGCCCGGACCCCAACAGUCUCCCAGACCCCAAUAGUCACCCUGAACCCAGCAUUGGCCCGGACCCCAACACCCGCCCGGACCCUAGCAACAGUCGCCAGGACCCCAGCACCCGCCCAGACCCAAACAGUCGCCCAGAACGCAACAGCCGCCGGGACCCAAACAGCCGCCGGGACCCCAACAGCCGCCGGGACCCCAACAGCCCCCCACCCGCUCACUAAACCACAGUGGACCCCUCCUGUCCGCAGCACUGACAUCUCUCCUGUGUCCUUCACUCAUUUCAGCCCCUCUUCCCUCUCCCGUUCCCUCCUCCAUCUCACUUGAAUUUAAACGGAAAAACCACGUGUGCUUGUUUGCUGGUUUGUUGGAGCAAAGUCAUAGUGCACAGAAUCAUCAUCGGUGCUGGGAAUCCAUCUGCAGCUCUCAAUGUGAUGGAGCCAGGGCCGACUUUUACACUCCAACUUUCUUUUUUUACACAUGAAUGCACCACGACAUGCACAGUGUCACAGCUAACACGGAGUGCAGUGUUGAGGACUUUGGAAGUGCUCCUUAGACUAACACUGAUUACUACUGGUUGUUGUUUUUGUAAAGUACUGUACUGCACUCUCUCAGAAAGAGUAAGAAAAUGCCUUCACAUGAUAAAUACAGGAGGAAUACGGGAAUAGGUGAAGUGUAAACAUUAAUUCUCACAUAGAUAAAACUGUAAAAUAGAUACAUUUCAUGUCGCAUCAUCUCAUCUUUCUGCUAAUGGGAUUUAAAUUGCAAGUCUGCAAGUUUGCAAUAUCCUCCAGUUAUAGCCUCUGAUACUGUAUAUAUUACACAUGUCGAUUGACUUUCUUUUAGCAUUUUAGGUUAAAUCCGAUAUCUGGGACCAGUUUUUCAUGCAGCACGUCUUACAGGUCUGAAAUGGAAUUUUUUGCAUCUCUGGACAAUAUCUCCUGUGGCAUUUUUUAUUUUUAAAUACAUUGAUGAGCCACUAUUCUACAGCGAUGACUGUAAGCUGUGAACUCAGCUCGACUCUGAGGAUUUGAGAAGGACAAAGAUGAGCUGUUUGGUUGAAAUGCAGCUGUUUGAAGAAAAGAGUCUCAAUAGGAGGACCAUGCUCAUCCAAAAAAAAAAAGAAAUGGGAGAAACCUUGACGAGUUUGACAAAGAUGAGAAGUUUUUUUUACUACUGGAAGCAGUUUUGUGUUUUUACAGACGAUGGUGAAGCAGAGGACAUUACUCCAGACUUUACGGUAAUUCACCUCUUCACCAGACUGCUUGUUAUUCUCUCCACGUUGCUGUUAAGUCGUAAAGCCUCAUCUCCCUGAACAGAAGCGGGAAUUGUCCACACAUCCUUGACUGUGCAGCAUUGAUCAUCUCCACCAAAAUGAGUCAGAAAUUCCUAUCACAAGAAUCUUAAUUCAAGUUUACGUGACAAUAUGCAUAUCACAGUUUCUUAGAGAAUUUCAGAGAGAAACCUUUUUUUGCAUUCACAAAUGUGUUUUAGCAUUUAUAACAAAAGUAGAUACGAGUGAGUGGAUGCUGUGAAGGGAUCAUGAUUACCUUGCUCUCUAUAAACCAGAAAUGGUCAAAGGAAACCUGCUGACUUCUGGUUGAAGCGUGACGAUCCUUCAAAUGCGGAGAGAGAUGUUUUUACUUCUUCUGCUUCAACUUGCUUCUCUUAGAUGUGCGCUGUGACCAGUACAACAGGUGAUUUUUUUUCUGAGACUGUGCCAAGAAGUAAAGCACAACUCUUUUAUCUGAAUAUCUUUUUAAAUGUCUUAACUCCAGGCCACUCUGUAAAGUUGACUCCUGGUUGAAUGAGCCUGUCUUUUAAAAUCAUGUAUGCUCUGUAAAUGCGUUAUUACACUGAUGCAAUCUUUCUGUCUUUGGUAGUAGUCAUAUUCUCUUUGUUGUUUGUAAUGCAAGGCGGUUGUACGGAUUAUAAACAUUUACAAAAUGAUGAAAAAAAAGUGG